UAAUAGAAAUGGUGUUGGGAUGAAAACUAAUUUUUAUAAAAACUUAAGAUUGAAUUCUGGACACAAACAAAAGGAAUAUGAGCAUUUAAAAAUCAAAAUUACUGAUCUACUCACUCAAUACAAAAACUUUGUUAAUGUAAUUCGUAGUAACAAGCCUCAUGGUGAUGCAACACACCAACAAUCAUUUUCAAUAAACAACGGAGAACUCACUCAAUACAAAAACUCAAUACAAAAACAAUCCAAUAAAAUUAUUCCCGACAAAGAAAGUCACACAAAUCCCCAAACAAUUCCUCUUAAUCAACAUGAAGUUGCUGUUAAUAAAUUUUUUGAAAAUUUAAAUGAUAUAACAGCAAAAACUAAAAACUUUGGAAAAAAACUUGUUGAUAUUAAAAAAUAUAUGGAAAAGAAUAAAUUGGUUAAAAAAGAAUUAUACCAAAAUAAUUUUGCCGAAAUAAUCGAGGAAAAGAUGGAAUUUCUUUUAAAAAAUUGGGAGAAAAUAUUUGAGGAUAUUUCGGGAGAUAAAGAAGAUUUCAAAAAUAUUUUCAAGAAUUCAGGACAUCAAUUUGUUGGGUAUUGCCUUUCCCAACGAUUUCUUGAGGCAUUUAAUGAAGAUGGAGUAGUUAAGAUUAAAGCAUUCAUAGACACCAAUUCACUACAAAAAUAUGCUCAAAAACUUGCUAAAAUUGUUAAAACCAAUCCUUUGGAUAUAAAUUUGUACAAAUCAACAAAAGAAGUUAUCAAGAACUAUCUUGAUAAAAAAUGCAACAAAUUUCCAAAUGUUUUGAAAGACUGUCGCGCAUUCAUUGAAAAUAUAUUUCAAAACUGGAAAGGGUAUUGUUCGAUUGAUACUGACAAUUUGGAAUUUGAAAAUUUUGAAGAAAUUCAUUCAAAAAAUGUAAAUUAA